AUGAAGGGUCGCGCCUACGAUCACCGCUACUCGCCCGCAUCCACCGCCUCCACGCCGCCCGCAUCCCCCGCCAAGCCCCCGUCGCCCGCAUCCAGCCGGCGGCGCUGCACGCAGCUGCUCCUGCGCAUCCAGCUGCUGGGCCUGCUGCUCUUGGCGGCGCUGACCGGCCAACUGGAGGGCCUGCAGCGCGAUGUGCGCGCCUUCGCCAAGCAGGAUUUCGUGGAGUUUGUCACCAGUGAAGUGGUGGAGGAGGGGGAGGAAGGGGAGGGUGGGGACGGGGCGGAGGGCGAGGGUGUCAAGCCCAAGAAUACGCGCAGUGCCGGCUUCGGCGGGGGCCGGAAGAAGGGCGUGGCAAAAGGUCACGCGAAGGGUCAUUAUGUGGAGAUGCUCAAGAAGGCUCCCCGGAAGCGCAUCUCGCAUCCGGUGGCUUAUAAAUACCGACAGGAAACUACGACCGUGUCCGGGACGACGGAUGUGGCGUACGAUCCGCAGUCGAACGUGGUGCAGAGCGACACGGAGUAUGUUUGGCUGACCAGCCACAGCAGGAUACCGUUGUACGCGCUGAAAGAAUUCUGCCAAGCGACCCGGGCACACUGUGUGCAGGAUUUGGAGGCCUUCAUUAAAAGCCCGGAAGUGAUGAGAAAACUGCGUGGAGAGAAAGGCGAACGCGGCUACCCGGGACCGCCCGGACACUGCACCUGCGACGUCAGCACCGCGCUGCGGCGUUCGAUUUCCGGCACCGAUACGGUGAUGGUGGGCCCGCGCGGACCUCCCGGACCCCGCGGCGCCAAGGGCGACCGCGGCCCUCCAGGUCCGCCGGGGGUGUGCGCCAUCAAGUGCCUGGACGAGGACAUCCUGCCCUACCCCUACCAGACCCGCGACCGUCUCCCGGCCACCGCGUCGCAGCAGGCCCUCAUCCCCACCACGGAGAACCCCUACCUGGCCGUGCCCAGCACCACCUCCACCUACUACGACGUGGAGACCUCCACCGCCCGGGUCGUCGAGGGGGAGAUGCAGCUCCCGGAACCCCCGUCCAUCUGGAGCCAGAAGGACAUGACCAGCACGCCGCGUCACACUACCACGACGCCGACCACCACCACGGCGGAGGUGCACCCGACGCCGGCGCCGCGCGGUCCCAACGGGGGACUGGUGGAGGAGGUUGAUCUGGACGAGGUGGAGCCCAGCCAUGUCCACAUUAAGAACGACAUCCCGGCCCGGAAGCGGAAUUGUUUCAUCGAGGCGAUCGGGAAGCCGGUACUCCUGCGCAGUCCCCCGGAGAACGACCACAUCGCGGCGUGGGGCGCCAUUAUGCGGGACGCCCACCCGCCGGGCGUCCGCGACGGCGACAAGUACUACAUGACGGAGCAGUUCAGCGGACGGGAGCUGGUGGAGUACGGCUCGGCCGAGGACUUCAAGAGCUACACGCCGCGCAUCAAGUACUCCCUGCCCAAACCGUUCCGCGGCGUCGGCCAUGUGGUGUACAACGGCUCCUUCUACUACCACGUCGAUGCGCAACCGACAAUCGUGAAAUUUAAUCUGGCCAAGGAGCGCAUCGUGGCCAAGAAGAAGAUGGAGGGCAUCUCGCACCGCAACGGCCAGCACAUCUACAACCUGCACAAACGCUACGACUACAUGGACUUUGCCGUGGACGAGCACGGGCUCUGGCUCAUCUUCUCCAUGCAGCACAGCAACGCCACCAUGGUGGCGCAGUUGGACCCGCAGACGCUCGACUUUAUCUUCGUCCGCAACGUCUCCUACAGCCACUUAAACAUGGGCAACGCGUUCGUGGCGUGCGGCGUCUUAUACGGCAUCGGGACGGUGCACUUCCCCUACACGCACGUCGUCCUGGCCUACGACCUGCUGACCGACCAGCACUACGAGCCCCCCGCCGGCGCCCUCUUCACCAAUCCCCGCCAGAAGACCGUCAUGCUGGACUAUAAUCCGCGCGACCGCAAACUGUACAGCUGGGACGGCGGCUGGCAGCUGAUGUAUCCGCUCAAGUUCGGCACGCUCGAGCCGCCCAAACUCGACUAGGGGGACGCGCGUAUCUGAUUAACCGGCAAAGCAACGAAUGACGCGAUGGGUGAUGAUGACGACUGAUAGGCGAGAAAGUGGAGUAACGGUUUUUAUACGACGCCCCGCGAUGGGAUCGCGGGGCCCGGUUUAUUUGAUAUGCCCGGCAGUACUUAACACGGUGGUUGCGUCGUUUGUGCUCUUUUUUAUUGUCCGCGUGGUUACUUUGAUAUAACAAUAUACUAUACUUAUUUUUGUUGUACAUGUCUUCCAGUUUUGGUUGUUCGUCGAACUCAUAUUUAUGGCAUUUUCUCUAGAGAAUAAAACUAUUAUAU